GUAAUAGUUAAUCGCGGGGUUUGACGUCCUUCUGUUAACCUCACAAAAAGUGUCGAUAUAGCACACUCCGCUUCUGAAAUAUAUAGUAUCUCUCAGAGACCGCCUUGACGCUUCCAAUUAUGCCGACGGUGUGAAGCCUGUUUAAUAUCUUCAAGAAUGGCGUCCCCUACGAAAGAGAGCUUCUCUUCUCUUGCGCCCACAAGCAUUCCGUCAAUCCAAGCUCCUCCGUCCCCUAGAACCCACCGAACACUUCGGAGAUUGAACUCAGCCCACACAUUGGGCUCAAACAAACCUUCCUUGAUUUCACAACAACGCCUACAGCAAACGUCGCAGAACCUAACUCCGAGGCCUAAAGACCAGCCACCUUUGCCAACAACUCAUGUCCACCAACGCACGAGGUCAAAUAGCGAUGUUACCACCGUGAGCACCCAGGCCACAGGACUAACUGGUAGAAAGCAAAUCAGUGCGAAGAAGCCGGUGGCGGCGGAAACCCUCUCACUCGAUCGGCUCAUUCGAGAAGGCCCUGACCGCGACCUGAGGGGUGCGUUGGAUUCCACGAGAUUGAAAAUUCUGGACCAAGGAAUCAAGAGCGACAGCGAUGGAAUGUCCUCUCUUCGAAUCUAUGCGUGGCUGAUUCUCUUGAAUGCGCCGCUACUGGAGACUGAUGCAUACCUCGUGCUAGUUCACCGUGGAGCUUCACCAGCCUACUCCAAGAUCCGCAACGACACAUUUCGAACACUCGCGACGGACCCUCUUUUCCGACGUCGGGUCAGUGAAGCAAGCUUGAUCCGUCUAUUAAAUGCAGUGGCUUGGAGGCUACAUGACGCGAAAGAAAGCCGCAUUGAGAGUGCAAGUAGCGCUAGUAACAACAGCAAGGUUACACAUACUGCCACGGCGGAUGGCAGUCCAGAAUUACAUUCUGCGACGCCGGUGAUCAAGAAUAGAGCCCGAGCCUUGACCUUGACCACGGAAGGGUCGGACGCUGGAACGUCUGAGCCUGGGACAUACGUCCAGGGAAUGAAUGUGCUCGCUGCUCCUUUCCUGUACGCCGCUCGGAGUGAAUCAGAGGCUUUCGUUGCAUUUCAUAGGUUCAUCACUCACGAGGUUCCUGGGUAUGUACGUGGCGCCAUGAGUGGUGUCCACAAAGGACUGGCACUGGUCGACAAGGUGUUGUCAAUUGUUGACCCGAAGCUGAGCCUCUAUCUCAUCGGCAAGGGCAUGCAUGCAGAGCUGUACGCAUUCCCCUCCGUCCUUACCUUGUGCGCCUGUACGCCACCUCUACCAGAAGUCCUGCGCCUCUGGGACUUCCUUUUUGCAUAUGGUGCACAUUUGAACAUCCUUUGCAUUGUGGCACAGCUUGUUAUGCUGAGAAACUCCAUCUUAAGCUCCCCAAGCCCAACAAAAAUACUUCGGUCAUUUCCACCUCUACAGGCCGAGACCAUAAAGGAGCUUACGUUGACAUUGAUCAAGAAGAUACCGGACGAUUUAUAUGCAGAGAUAGUAACUCAUGCGCAAUAGUACUUGGGAUAUGGAGCAUGGAGCAUUGCUGAACUAUGUUGGGAGAUAAUUCGGCCAGGUGUUAGGCGUUUAGUUUGGGAUUAUGUAAGGUUUCGGGGGAACAAAGGUGAAGAGAUAUAUGCAUCACGAAGUCCGAUGCCACAUCCCAUAAUGAAUACACACGAAGUCAAGUUUCAGCAUC